AUGGACUUUAACAUCACUGUUAAAAACAAACAAAUCGACAUGGACAAAGGGCCUACAGCUAGCCAUGCUUUUGCGCAAGAGGGUGUUGCCAAUGCAAACCCUCAAGUCAAAGAUAGGGACCGCCAUAUUGAACACAAAGAGAAUAGCGGCGAAGCGAUUGAGCAAGAAGCCCAUAGCUUCAUCUACAGCAUUAGUACGCUCUUAAUGAACAUUUCUUCAGGCGAGUUCUCCCAAGAAGAACACGAUUCUAUUGGGCCAGAACACAUGGUUCAAGAUGUCUCAGAUGUUGUAAACGGGACGGGAGACCAGAGCAAAAAAAAGAAUCAUGAUAGGACAAAAGAGCCCGUUGCACGCGCUGUGCAUAGCUUUCGCACACGCUCCGCACUGCACACAUUCCCCGAGCUCAUCGACACUUAUGAACGACUCGGCAAUGCUUUGAGCCCAACAUCACCUUUUCCUACCCAUCGUCCAAGACUGACCAUGGCUACUUGUUUGCUACCACUACUUAUGUCAUCAUUUUUUGGUUCGUGCUAUGGCGUGAUGAAAGUAUUGGGGUUGUUUGCGGGAGCUAUAUUCUUCGGCAAGCCUAUAAUCGAACGCGGCGUUUCCAUCAUUGAUUACAGAUACCCUGAUUGGCGUCAGUAUACAGAGAUGCGAAAUUCAAUCCUCAAAGGACCUCCGCCACCCUCAUCCCAUGGGCCACCUAAUGUACAGCUGAACGCCGAUGAUUACAACCUGGCCCACCUCGGUGCUUCUAAAGAGGAAACUAUGAUAGCUAUCGACCCAGUGUCAGAUAAGGAAUACUCCAAACAGACACACGAAAGGCAGGAAAAGGGCGAACCCAGCACCACGCGCCGCAUCGCUAAUUAUAUUAAACGAACUACCAAGGAUAGUAUACAGGCAAUGAACAAGAUCGCCAAGGCCGCGGAAUCAUCAAACUCGGAGCAUCUUCCAGGCGAACAAAGUGCUCUUAAAUCGUCAGAAACUAAUGCUGGCCCUAUUCGUUUUUCUGCCUGUCACAAAGGCAAGAAAGGUUGGAUAAGCGAGGAUGAGGACUUGGAGACGACGUGGACUGUAGCAAUUGCGGAUGUUAAAGAGGUUAGGAAAGUGAGCGGUGUUAGUAGUUCAGGUGGCAAAAAGAGAGCUCUGAUAGACUGGGCCCUGGAGAGAGAGACAAUGGGAGAUUUGGUGCUAAAGACGGAACCAGACGGUGGUCAGAUGUGGGAGAUUUGGUAG